GCUGACUUUUGUCUGGAAACCACUAUCUCUCACACCGACGAAGAAGGCCAGAACUUUACCAAUUUCUCAAGGAGCAUAGCCUCCAGAGUAAACAUCGUCCAUGUCGAGUCUUCCGUCAGAGCUAGUCAACGAAAUACUCCUCCGAUUACCCGUUGAGCCUUUGAUACGUUUUCAGUGCGUUUCAAAGCUAUGGCACGCGCUAAUAAACCACACAGAUUUCAUCCAGAGACAUCUUGAGCUCUCAAUCGCCGUCAAUCGAGAACGUACUCUUAUAUUCAAGGAGUGCGACGUAGAUCCGCCUCUAAAUUGCUUCUGGGCGCGCUUUAACGACGAACAGAUUGACAGAGCCCUCACGAAGAUCCGCCAGCCACUUCGCAAUGAAAAACUGUACACCCAAAUAUUGGAUUACUGCAACGGAUUGGUUUGCCUCCACGAUUAUGAGAGGGGAAUUGCGAUUUGGAACCCAUUGAUCAGACGGUACAAGAAAUUGCCUUUUGAACCGAUAGAAAAUCCUACUGGAUUCACCGACUGUCGUUCUGGGUCGCCCGAUUUGGCCUUCGGAUACGACCCAGUUAACGACGACUACAAGGUGAUGAGGGUUGUGCAGUUCUAUAGAAAGAUUGAAAAGAUUGAAGCUACAAAUGCCUUUGCCUUUGAACUCAAGGUAUAUAGUCUGAGAGCGCAUUCUUGGAAGAGAGUUGAAGAGGAAUGGCCUAAAGAAUUAAGUCCUCGUUCGAGUUCGGCGUCCUUAAACGGUGCUUUCCAUUGGCUAGUUGGUCCUCCGACUCCGGCUCGCUCCUCAGAGACCCUUCUCGCUUUCGAUCUGGCCACCGAGAAGUUCAGAGAGUAUACAAUUCCAGUUCAAUCGGACGAUGAUUCGGUCCUCGGUUUGGAGGUCUUAAAAGGAUGUUUAUGUAUUUGUGUGAAUGUCUUUGUGACACGCAACGAUGUUUGGGUGAUGAAGGAGUACGGGGUAAUCAGCUCUUGGGCUCGUCUUUACACCAUUGAGCAAGGCGCAGUACCUUGGACUUUUGAGUACUGUAAGCCUUUGGCGUACUCGAAGGACGGCAAGAAGGUUCUGAUGGAGCAGGAUUUUGCCUAUCUCUUUUGGUAUGACAUAGAGGAGAAAAGGGGCACGAGGGUUAGGUUUCGUCCUAUGCUUAAGUCGUUUCAGACGGCCACUUGUGUGGGAAGCCUUGUUCUUCUCGAUGGUGAUAUAUUGAUUGACCCGAGACAGAAGAAGAGGAACAAAAGGAAGAGGAAAAGUAAUCCAGCGGAGGGUCUUAAUCUAUUGGUGGAAGCGAUGGAGGAAGUGGGAUGAGUUCCUGUCAAAGCAAACAGAAGGACAUAAAAUUGUUCCAAAGUGAAAAGUGAAUUCAUGAUUGGGAGGAGAUGGUUUUAGCCUCUUUCUUCUCGUUCAUGUAUUCGUUAUCGAUUCGUGGGGUUGGGGAGGACCGGAUGUGGUGGAUCCCUUCGAGAAAAGGGAAGUUUGAGGUUCGCUCUUUUUAUAGGAAGCUUGCCUCCAAAUAAUCCAACCACUUCCCUUGGAAAAGUAUUUGGCGUACCAAGGCUCCUUCGAGAGUGACGUUUUUUGUGUGGUCGGCCGCCCUUGGGAAAUCACUCACUCUGGAUAAUGUUCGGAAAAGAGGUAUUGUAGUGAUUAAUCGUUGCUAUAUGUGUGAAUCGGAUGGGGAGUCUGUGGAUCAUCUUUUUCUUCAUUGUGGGGUUGCGCGCAAGUUGUGGGAUGUUAUUUUAUCUCGCUUCAAUUUGUGUUGGGUUAUGCCUAGAAGUGUUAAGGAUAUGUUUGCUAGUUGGUGGUCGGGCGGUAGAACCCGUAGCGCCGUGGUUUGGAAGAUGGUUCCCCUGUGUCUUUUAUGGUGCCUUUGGAAGGAAAGGAAUGCGAGAUGCUUCGAAGAUCUAUCGAGAAACCUUGAGGACCUUGUUCAUUUCUUUUUGUACACGCUUUUCACAUGGACUGCAGGCUGGCUUGCUCCUUUAGUGAUUAAUUUUCCUGAUUUCCUCUUUAUGUUCUCUUCUUCUUUCUCCCCCACUUAGCCGCUCUCUUGUAUACCCCCUGUGUACUUGGGUUGCGCCCCUCUGCGCUCUUUAAUGCAUUAUUACUUACCAAAAAAAAUAUAGAUUUAUGCUUCCAUUUCAACUCCUGGUUAGCCAAGCAUCUUUUCUUUGCUGGCAGGUUACAGCUUCUUUUCUCUAUUCUAUACAUAUUUUUGGAUUUACAUCUUUAUUCUUCUGAAGAAGGUGAUUAAAGCUAUUGAAAAAAAAUUUAAUAGGUAGUUAUGGAAUGGGAAUGAGGAGAGUUUUGGAAAGGCUAAGGUGUCUUGGGAUUCUGUUUGUGUCCCUAAAAGGGUAGGUGGGCAGGGGUUGAAGAGGCUUGUGGAUUGGAAUAGAGCUGCUAUUCUCAACACAUUUGGACCCUUUUUACUAAAUUUGGGUCUCUUUGGGUUGCUUGGAUUAAAUGUAAUAUGAUAAAGCGGAGGUGUUUUUGAUUGAUAAAAAUUCCUCAAAAUGCUUCUUGGAGCUGGAGGAAGAUUCUCAAACUUAGGGGGAU